AUGUGGCGCGAGGCCAAGUUCGCUGACUGCGCUGCAGAGAUGGGUGGCGGGACAUACCAGCAGCUUGGACGGACUGGCAGUCGUUGCCAGCAGAACUUCGGCAUUGGGCAGCUCAGGUUCCUGUUCAUGUUCGGCAUUCUCUACAUUGGCCAGAUCGAGCGGGCGCGGAAGAUGAUGGAUUUGGCCGAUCGCGCUCAUAAAUUCCUGACUGUAUCGGCAAGACAGAGCCGACCCUUGACUCCGUUGGAGGGAUGA